GGUGUUUACAAAACAUGGCUUCCAAAACAACAAGAAAGCAGUAGGGCGAUUUUAAAAAUUGAAAACCUGCAUCAUGACAGAGUAAAGAUAUAGAAGAGGAUAUUGUCAAAUGGCUUCUCUACAUUUAGCAGCUGUCAUUCAGCCGUUCUUUGGAAAUGCUGAAAGUGUGAAGUGUGUUGUCAGUGAGCACGGUGAUACCGUGUAUGUCAAGGAUGUCUCGCUACUACUACAACUACUGGACAUAGAGCACCCCAUUGGUCAACUGAUAGUAGCUGUGUGUAAAGCUCACAGUCAUCGCUUUGGAUCUGAAGUGAAAUCUCUCCUCACUCUACACGGUUUUCUGACAGAAGCAUAUCUCUCUCUGUGUGAACAGGGAAUUCCGUCAGACGAUGUGAUUACCCUGAUGAGAGAGACUCUGUCGGACUGCAUGUGUAGAUUGUCAGCUCUCCAGAUACCACUGACCAGCCACCUGCAUGCUACCCCAGCGGACUGUCCACACACAGACGACAUUCAUCAUGACAAACUCCCAGCUAACAAAUCAGACGAUUUUAAAGAAGUGCUUUUUCCAGACUCUGAAAAGAGAAUAUACAAAGAUAAUGAGGUGUUUACUCAGCUGGGAAGUGAUCUCAUGGAAUUGACAGAAACCAAGUUUGUUCAGCUUAAGAUGAAGCAAGUCCAGGAGGAAGAAGAUGAGGAUGAGGAUGAUAUUGGGUGGUUCUUUGAGGGGUCGAUACCAAGCAAGGAAAGAAUCAGUGAGGAGGCCCAAACUGGUCAAACAUAUCAUGAAGAGAGUUUAGAAGCCCAAGAUGAGUUCCGUUUGAUCAGUAGGUUGUCCGAUGCUGACCAGCAUGAUUCAGACUUUGACGACUGUUUCGAUGAUGGACCUUGGAAACACCAAAAUGUGACUGCAUGUGAACCGAGUGGGAGAGUGUUUGCUUGUGAGACUGGUAAACAAAAUUCAGAUUUGUCUCAAACUGAAACUUUACAUGCUGAAGGAGUUGCAAAUUUGAAUGACAGGUACUGUGAAGGAUUUAAUCAAGAGGCUUCAGACACAUCCGUCUUGGAUUGUGAUAGACUUACAUCUUCUCAGAGUCAGACUGUCAGGGAAGUGAUUGAGGACCCGGGAUUUAAUCAAGAGGCUUCAGACACAUCCGUCUUGGAUUGUGAUAGACUUACAUCUUCUCAGAGUCAGACUGUCAGGGAAGUGAUUGAGGACCCGGGAUUUAAUCAAGAGGCUUCAGACACAUCCGUCUUGGAUUGUGAUAGACUUACAUCUUCUCAGAGUCAGACUGUCAGGGAAGUGAUUGAGGACCCGGGAUUUAAUCAAGAGGCUUCAGACACAGCCGUCUUGGAUUGUGAUAGACUUACAUCUUCUCAGAGUCAGACUGCCAGGGAAGUGAUUGAGGAAGAUUUUGAUUCGUGUUUUGAAGAUCGUGAAUUGGAGAAUAAAACAUCAAUAGAUGCAGAUGGCACUGCAGAGAGAACAGAACCAGACAUCAAAUCUUUGGAUUUAUUGUUGAAAAAAAUAAAGCCAACAAAAGUUGAAAAAGCUAAUGUUUUUCUUAGCAGUCGUCAUUUCAAAGAGCAGGCAGUGUCCAAUACCGGGAGCAAUGAAGGCAAGGGUCUCGUGCACACACAGCCAAAGCCUAAACAUUCUCUAAUGGAUGUGGGAAAAGAGGCUGAUUGUAACCAUGGUAACAAUAUGGUUCCUGAACCAAAAUGUAAGGGUAACUUACAAUCAGAGCUAGAUAGACUGAAUAUGAUGAUAGAGACUGUGAAUAAAUGUCAACAGCAGUUUUCCGAGACUCAACUUGUGACUGAGUGCUCUAGAACUGUUACAUCAAACAGUAUAAUGUCAUCACCUGAUGAAACAAAAAUGCUAGGUUUGGGCAAUCUUAAAAAAUCUCAAAAACGGGUCCUGAACUCAAGUCGCUAUUUCAAGACUGUAGAGUCCACACUGGAAAGUAUGACAUCAGAAAGCGCUAAUGCUAGGUCAGGCUGGAAGGUGCACUACAAGGCGACAAGUCCUGUAUCAGACAGGUACUAUUUUGAACGUUGUCUCCAAGAAAAAUUGUCUCAAAAGAAAAAGGAAGGGUUAAGGGACUCCUUGUCUCACAGUCGACACUUUAAGACAUUCAACAAUGUGAAUACAACAGGGGACUAUGGCCAUUUCCAAGCUGGAAACAGGGGAGGUAAUUCAACAGAUGAAGAUGACAAAACUGAUGCUGUUGAGAGGAGAGACCAUGAAUGUUUAGUAAAUUGUUCAGAACAGAUGAGUAAGGGAAAUGGAGAGGUCAAUUCCGAUGACGUAACCUUACUACAUUCUACACAAAGUGUUCAAGCUGGACUGACUGUGCAACCUUCGAGACCGUCGUUUAUGUUGGACACAGGGCAGGUUUUGUCCUUAGGAACUGAUAGUGUUUCUGGGAUGGAAUUAGAAUCAUUCAAGCAGGCCUCAAGGGGGCUCAAGUUUGAUCUGUCACUAGGUUCGAAAACAUCCACAGAUCACACCUCUGAAGCAGCAGUUGCUGCAUCAAGACGGAUGACAUCGGAUGCUGAUCAGAUACCUGGCACUGUGAUUGCCCACCCACAUAUUGAUGAGUUAUCCAUGACACCAGCAUUCUGUGACAAGCAGGGAGGUAGUGAUGGGGGAUGUGGUGAGAGGACUUUAUGUUCUGGUGAGACACAGUUCCCCUUGGCCUCAGACAUUCCUCCUUCGGACAUGUGCUGGUGUAAGGUAGCACAAGGUCUGAGCCAUGGCUGCCCCGAUAUGAUGAGGCUUGUGGUACAAGCUGCAAUGAUGCAGAUGGAGGUGACAAGUAAACAUACGGUGAACCUGAGGCUGCUCCACACCUGCACUGUGAGUGGAGCACCUGUCAGACACACAGGUGUUGUACCGGGCCUGGUGGCAAGGUGUGACACUCACACACUGUCACACAUCAUGUCACACACAGACAAACACUGGAAUGUUCUGCUGUUGAAUGGGGACUUGAGUUGCAAGUUCCAUCACAAGGGGUACAAGGAUGCAGUGAAGGGGAGCUGUGUGAGUGGUGUGGAGUCUGUGGGACAUCUCAGUAGGCAGGACAACUGGCUACAGCACUGUGUGGAGAGACUAACAGAGCUGUCAGUUGAUCUAGUCCUGGUGAAGGGUGAGGUUGAUGAGAGAGUGAGGGACGAGCUGACCGCUAGUGGUGUGGUCACUGUUCACAGUACGCCCUUCAGACUGCUGGAAGCCCUGCGAGAGGUGACCGGCACUGAGCUGUGUGUGUAUGUCACAGAUGCCAGCAAGAGUCAUGUAUGCGAGAACCUACAUGUCCGGCCAUACUUCCCAUCCUGGUGUGACCAUCUCAAUAGUCACGACCCUCAAUCAGCUCAUGUAGUGCUAGACACUGCCAUGGCAACAGCACUACAGACAAUCGUACUGUGUCAUCAAAGUUCUCAUGGCAGUGACAUACAGGAACAGGAGAUAGGCCUGUGUAGCCAUAGGCUCGCCAACGCACUGCAUGAUGGGACGGUUCUGCCUGGAGGGGGAGUGUCGGAGACGUUCUGUGCAGAGUACCUCCAGAAAAGAUGUGAGAUGGAAGAUGUGACCUGUGACCUUGACCUUUACCGACCUGUGGUUACUGAGGCAAUGGCGAAUGUAUUUCGCAAUAUGGGCCGAUUGGUUACCAACAACUGUGCUGAUCCCCCUUGCUCUGAGCCUCUUAAUGAUCACAGUGUGAUGGACACAAUGUCUAUCAACAGCGCAGGACACACAUCAAUUUUGCCACAUACAAAUGGCUAUUUAGUGCCAGACAAUGAAACAAGCAAACAGUGUUCAUCAUUUGCUUCCAAACUGGGUGAUGUUCAGAGGAACUCAUGCAAGAACAGCCCUGAAAAAUGCUCUCUUUCAUUUGACAAUUACAAUUCUAAGAUGGCCGCCUGGUCUGCUGCUAUGGAUACUGUUGCCAUGGUAACCCAGACAGAUGCUCACAUUGUGACUGGAGAGACACCUGAUGUAAAUGGGAGAUUUGGAGUCUUUGUGAAUGGCAUUACUUUAUAAAUAAAUGAAAACGUUCA